UAUAUCAGUUUCAUUUUCACUAAAGGUCCCAAUAACGUUUGGAUUAGUAUUUUUCAAAAGCUGCAGAAGGAUGAGGAACCUCCAAUUUUUUGUUGUUCUUUUCAUGGCUAUCUUCAUUGUUUCAGGUGCGAAAGAGAUGCGAAUGAAUCAGGAGAAAAAAACUUGUCCCGUGUACUGGCCAAUGGUUCCAUGCGAUGCUAAAAAAUGCGAGAAGAUGUGUCUUGACUUUUACGGUCUACAGGUGUCCUCCUCUUACUGUGAUAAACCCGGAGACCCAAACGCUCAAUGUGUAUGUGUUUUUACAGACUGUUGAUAAUGCUUAAGAUAGAUUUAUCCAUUAACAGGCAUUAUCGUGUGUUUAUGUAACCCAAAAAUAAGUUAUACAACAACCGUUAAUUA